AUGUGCAUCAUGGCUUGCAAUCGAUCCAAUGAGAUCCCCAAUCUCUCUAUGGAUGAGGGGUCCUACCUCAGCCAACAGCUGAGCCCCCAGUCUCGACCGACCGAGUUUUUCAACAGAGCUUCCGAUCCCCUAGCUGCCAACUGGAGCUAUGACAGUGCCAUCGAUCUGUUUUCACUUAACCCCACAGAGAUGGAGCCCGUGUCCUUUGACUUUGCCGACAGCUUGACGAACCUUGAGUCCAAGGACUUGUUUGCUGACCCGUUCGUCGGUUCGUCUGGCAUCAGUGGCUUCUCCAUGCCCAUGCCCGAGGAUGCUGCUUCCCUCUCAUCGGAGCUCGACAGUGACGAUCAAUCAUGGCCAUCUGCUGCGGCCCGCCAGUCGAUUGAUUCAAACGCGUUCGAGGUCACCAACGAGGCCUCCGACUUCACCUCUCAGACUCAACCAGAGAUCAAGACUCGCUCAUCAAAAAGAUGGUCGUCAAGUCCCGAGAUGAAACAAGAAGAUUUUCCCACACCGCAACCCUCCAAAUACACCUCCACAUCCCGCAAGACCCGCAGUUUCUCCCGAGACUCCAACCGCUCAUCCGGCAGCCAAGACCCGCAGAUGCGGAACGCCGCCAAGCGUGCCGCUCACAACAUCAUCGAGAAACGCUACCGGACAAACAUGAACGCCAAGUUCGUCUCUCUAGAGCAGGCCAUCUCGCCAUCAGGUAUUCAAAAACACACUAAGGUUGGUGCUGGCUCUCUAAAGAAAUCAGAGAUCCUCACCAACGCCCUCUCAUACAUUGAUGGUAUUCAACAAGAGAACCAAGCCCUGCACAAGGAGCUAGCAAUGCUCAAGCAGAGCAUGGCAGCGGGUGCAAUCUGGCGCCCCACCAAACAACCCCGAAUGUGA